UUGUUUAUAUAUAAUUAUUAAAUAGAUUUUAUUCAUUAAUACAAUAUAAAACUACCGAAUAAAAUAAAAAAUGGGUUUAUUAACUGAUCCUAGAGCAGGCACAGGAAAAUUAAUCAAAUUUUUCUUGAAACGGGAAAAACAGUUGUGUUUUUUGCUUUAUAUUGGUGGAAUUAUAUGUACAAUGAUUCUAGCAGUACCAGCAUUUAACGAUCAUACUUAUUUCUCGGAGAAUGCUUUAUUGCCUGGAUUAGUAACAAAAGAGAGCAAUUUAGAUCAAACGUCAAAACAAUUUUAUUAUGAAUUGUUAAAUGAAAUGAAAAGAUAUCCAGAUAGUAUGCCUUAUGCAUGGUUGUCAGCCAAAUUUAAUCAACUUCAUCUUGACACUUUCGUCCAUAAUUUUUCGCUGAUAUAUCCGUUUAAAGAACAAAAAUUUACAGGACAAAAUAUUUAUGGAAUAGUUAGAGCCCCCAAAGCAGCAAGUACUGAAUCAAUUGUUGUUAGUGUACCUUUCCGGCCUAUUAAUAGCAUUUAUUUAAGUACAGCACCUUCUGUUGCAUUGCUAUUGGCAUUUGCGAAGUUUUGCAGAAAACAAAAGUAUUGGGCUAAAGAUAUUAUUUUUCUGGUAACUGAAUAUGAACAAUUAGGUAUGCAGGCAUGGCUAGAUGCAUAUCAUGGUGUUACAAGUGGUCAAGAAGGUAUUUUACUAUCUGGUGACUUACCUGGCCAUGCUGGUUCUAUUCAAGCUGCCAUUAAUUUAGAAUUACAUGCAAUGAGAAUUUCAUCUAUAGAUGUUAAGGUUGAGGGAUUAAAUGGACAACUACCAAACUUAGAUCUUUUCAAUCUUGCUCAAAAUAUGAUUGCUAAAGAAGACAUUCAAAAAACAUUCCAACGCAGACUUGAUAGUAAUGAUAAAAAUACGUUGAAAAAAUGGUGGUAUCAAUUUAAUACAUUAAUGACAAUGGUAGCUACUCAAGCUACUGGAACACCAACUGGAAAUCAUGGAUUGUUUCACAGAUUUGGUAUAGAAGCUGUUACUUUAGAAGGAUUUGAAAAAACCGGUAAAAGUUCAGUAAGUUUUUAUCAAGUUGGACGUGUGGUAGAGAGUAUGGUACGCUCGCUAAAUAAUUUAUUAGAACGUUUUCACCAAUCAUACUUUUUUUAUCUUUUACCUUCAACAGAUAGAUAUGUUUCAAUAAGUUUAUAUAUGCGUCCUUUAGUACUAAUUGUUGCUAGUCUUUUUAUAAAAGCAUUUUCUAUGUGGCAAAAACUUCAAGCUCCAGUACCACAAAAUGAUGAUAAAAACAACAUACAAGUUAAAAAUGCUAAGGUAAAAAUAUUCGACAUUGGGAGUAUUGCUUCAGAAAUACUAUGGGCACAUACAUUUGGGGUAUGUUUGCUUUUAUCUCCACAAAUGUUUACUUCAAUCGGUAGACAAAUGGGGAACAAUUUGCGUACAGAAGAUUCUAUAUAUAUUGGUAAUGCUAUGGCUACAAUUUUAACGUUACUAUGGCCUUUGACUGCAAGAAGAGAAGUGAAAUAUGAAAAUAUUUUAUUGGUUUGCGUAAUUGCGUCAGUGGAAUUAGCUACAACUCUUAUAUGCGUUGCAAUGUGUAAUUUUUCAUUAGCAUUAUUAGCAGCAUCUGUGUAUGUGCCAGCUGCUUUAUUUAGUAAACCAAGGCAAGGGUCCACUUCAAGAUUCAGAAUUUUGUUGUAUAUAUUAUGGAUUUUACUUCAUCCAUUUGUUGCGUCGUCUAUUGUUAUUUUAGGCUAUACUUAUGUAAACUUUUCAGAACAACCUUUGCUAUCUCUUAUAUUUAGUGGAUAUCGUGCCACUAAACAAGCAUUUGUAUUCAGUAUUAUUGAUUCUAUGAUUUAUGGAAAUUGGUUUUAUAAUGUAACCAUGACUGUAAUGCUUCCUAUUUGGUUACUAUUUUGGAAUAUUAUAUGUCUUAAAAGCACAUCAUAAUAAAUUUCUAAGUAAACUCUUACAAUCAAUAACGUUUUAAAAUUUGUGACUUUAAUGAUAAUGAAAUAAUUAUUCCAUAUACUGUUUUCUUUAUUUCAUAUUU